GUGUGUGUGUGUGUGUGUGUGUGUGUGUGUGUGUGUGUGUGUGUGUGUGUGUGUGUGUGUCUGUGUGUGUGUGUGUGUGUGUGUGUGUGUGUGUGUGUGUGUGUGUGUGUGUGUGUGUGUGUGUGUGUGUGUGUGUGUGUGUGGGAGUGUCUUGAGUCUGGUAGUGUGCGUGUCUAAGUGUGGGAGUGUGUGUGUUUGUGAACAAGGUGUGUUUCUCUCUGAAGCCGCUCGUGAGAACAGAAUGAAUGGUGUCUGAAUAACAACUACAUCAGGUUAAUGAUGGUCCGUGUGUUCCUGAUAGAGCCAGUGGUUGGUGUCUAUGCCUUCUCCAUGUUCAUGCUGUACCCCCUGAUCCAGCAGUAUGUCUACAGGAGGCUGUGGCAGCAGCUCACCGGUGCCCCCUACCCUACACAGAUGAACUACACCCACUGCUCUGACAGCAGCACCAACGUCAGCUCCAUUCACCAGGAGAUCCAGAAGGAGGCGUCUCUGUUUCUCUUCUACAGUGAGCUGUGUUUCCUUUUCCCUAGUCUCCUCUCCUCCCUACUCCUGGUCUCCUACAGCGACCACCGUGGCAGGAAGGUAGCUCUAGUGCCCCCACUGGUGGGCGAGCUGUUAUUUGCUCUGUGCUAUGCAACCGUGUCUCACCUCUCCCUUAGCCUGGGUUACCUGCUAGGGGCCUCUUUCCCUGGCUGGGCCCUGGAGAUGUUGCUAGGUGUGUUGUCAGGGCUAGCCUCUCUGUGUACUGGGUUCUAUAUUCAGACUGCAGGGUUCACCUGGCCAUUCAUCACAGCAGCCGUCCUACACCUGAUCAACCUGGUAUACACCGCGUGGGUACUGCACGAGACUGUGAAGGAGAGACCUCCGCACACAGACUCAUCUUCAUCACCAUCAUCAUCACCGACACCUUGGGGCGUGGCUCAGCACGUCUUUCUCCAACGAGAAGCCCUGAUUGGUCGGUUUCAGGGUGUGUAUCUGUUAUUCAUCGCGUCACCAAGGAGGAGGAAAACUGUCCUGGGACUGAUACUGGCGGCCUUUGCUUUCAUUUAUUUACGGUUACUGGGUGGUAUGUCCAUCUUCAUCCUGUAUGAGCUGAAUGCGCCUCUGUGUUGGAGUGAGGUGUUGGUUGGCUAUGGUUCAGCCUUGUCUACACUCAUCUACCUGGGGAGCUUUGCAGGGGUGUCCCUGCUGUCGCGCUGUCUUCGGGACGGGUAUAUAGUACUACUGGGACUGCUGUCUGUCGCUGCAGGGCUACUGAUGGCUGCCUUCGCCAAGAGCACGCUGCUCAUGUUCCUAGUGCGGCUGCCUCUCCUUCUCUCCAUCAUGCCUGCUCCUGUUCUGAGGUCCAUGAUGUCCAAGAUAGUACUCCGCUCUGAACAAGGUGCAGUGUUUGCCUGUGUUGCGUUCGUGGAGAUGCUGAGUAUAGGUGUUGGGAUCACCGUGUUCAGCAGUACCUACGCCUCCACUGUCUCCUGGUUCCCUGGAUUCAGCUUCCUGCUGGCCUCAGCCAUCGCACUCAUACCGGCUGUUCUGAUUGGGGUGGUAAUGUGUCUGUCUGUCUGUCUCCAGGGUGGAUGUUCUGCGACUGGACAAGGAUGA